AUGGCAGCAGCAGCGACAACCACUCGGGACCGCCGCAGGAGCGUCUUUCGCCCCUGCAUCGACCUACACGAGGGCGUCGUCAAGCAGAUUGUCGGAGGCACCCUCACCGACCAGGACCGCGAGGUGGCCGGCGAGCAGAGCAAGCUGAGGACCAACUUCGUCGCAGAGCAGUCGCCGGCCCACUUUGCAGAGCUGUACCGCAAGCACAACCUCACCGGUGGGCAUGUCAUCAAGCUCGGUCCCAGAAACGACGAGGCCGCCGCAUCGGCGCUCCAGGCCUGGCCGCGCGGCCUCCAUGUCGGCGGCGGCAUCACGGGCGACAACGCCGCCGAGUGGAUCGACAAGGGCGCGGAAAAGGUCAUCGUCACGUCGUAUCUGUUCCCCUCUUGCAAGUUCUCGCUGCCACGGCUGCAGGAGCUGCGGGAUCGGGUCGGCAAGGAGAACCUCGUGGUCGACGUCAGCUGCCGCCGGAGAGGGGACAAGUGGAUCGUCGCCAUGAACCGAUGGCAGGACAUGACCGACAUGGAGGUCAACAAGGAGUCGCUCGAUCUCCUGUCCGAGUACUGCGGCGAGUUCCUCAUCCACGCCGCCGAUGUCGAGGGCCUCUGCCAGGGGAUCGAUCAGGAGCUGGUGCAGAGGCUAGGCGAAUGGUGCACCAUCCCGACGACCUAUGCUGGCGGUGCCCGACACAUCGGAGACCUCGAGCUCGUCGACCGGCUGUCGAACGGCAAGGUCGACCUGACCUUUGGCAGCGCUCUCGACAUCUUUGGCGGGUCCGGCGUGACGCUCGACGAGCUCGUCCAGUGGAACGCGCAGGCGUGA